CUUUGCUCUUUUAUCAUUGGCAUGGAGAGCAUUUUAUUUGGUGUGGCUGAGGCCGAGGAGGCUUGAGAGGUGCCUUAGACGGCAAGGCCUUAUGGGAAACUCUUACAGACUAUUGCACGGAGACGCAAAGAAGGCUUCAAUAAUGUUAAAAGAGGCCAACUCAAGACCAAUCAAUCUCUCAGAUGAUAUAGUGCCGCGCGUCAUUCCUUUUCUCUAUAAAACCAUCCAGCAGUAUGGUAAAAAUUCCUUCACGUGGGUUGGUCCAAUUCCGAGAGUGAAUAUCAUGAAGCCUGAACUGAUAAGGGAGGUCUUCCUCGAGGCUGGUCGCUUUCAAAAGCAAAAACCAAAUCCGCUAGCCAAUUUUCUUUUAACAGGACUUGUAAGCUAUGAGGGUAAGAAAUGGGCUAAGCACAGAAAGCUUCUGAAUCCAGCAUUCCAUGCAGAAAAAUUGAAGCUUAUGUCACCUGCAUUUCAUUUGAGUUGUCGCCAAAUGAUAAGCAAAAUGGAGGAGAUGGUAUCCCCAGAGGGGUCCUGUGAAUUGGAUGUUUGGCCCUUUCUAAAAAAUUUGACAGCUGAUGCCCUCUCUCGAACAUCAUUUGGUUCUAGCUAUGAAGAAGGAAGAAGGUUAUUCCAACUCCUACAAGAACAAACAUAUCUAACCAUGGAGGUCUUUCAAUCAGUAUACAUUCCUGGAUGGUGGUAUUUGCCAACGAAAAGGAACAAGAGGAUGAAGAAAAUUGACAAAGAGAUGAACACAUUGUUGAAUGAUAUCAUUACCAAAAGAGAUAAAGCAAUGAAGGAUGGCAAAACGGCUAAUGAGGACUUAUUGGGUAUAUUAAUGGAAUCCAAUUCUAAAGAAAUUCAAGAGGGAGGAAACAGUAAGAAUGCUGGAAUAAGUAUGCAAGAAGUCGUUGAGGAGUGUAAGCUAUUCUACUUAGCUGGCCAAGAGACUACCUCAAAUUUACUUCUCUGGACAAUGGUUUUGUUAAGCAAGCAUCCAAACUGGCAAACACUGGCAAGGGAAGAAGUUUUUCAAGUUUUUGGGAAAAAUAAGCCAGAAUUUGCUGGCUUAAGUCACCUAAAAGUUGUUACAAUGAUUUUCUAUGAGGUCCUUAGGCUAUAUCCACCAGGUGCCACACUUAAUCGAGCUGUUUAUGAGGACAUCAAUCUGGGGGAACUUUAUUUACCAUCUGGAGUGGAGAUUGUACUGCCCACCAUCCUAGUGCAUCAUGAUCCUGAAAUUUGGGGAGAUGAUGUGAAGGAGUUCAAACCAGAGAGGUUCUCUGAAGGUGUUAUGAAGGCAACAAAAGGGCAACUCUCCUACUUUCCAUUCGGCUGGGGUCCUCGCAUAUGCAUCGGACAAAACUUUGCAAUGGCAGAAGCAAAAAUGGCGCUGGCAAUGAUACUACAAUGCUUCACAUUUGAGCUUUCACCAUCAUAUACUCAUGCUCCUACUUCUGUUUUAACUUUGCAACCCCAAUAUGGUGCUCACUUGAUUUUCCAUAAAAUCUAGUAUCUAAACCUCUGUUAUCAAUAAUGGGUUUGAUCUUUUGUAUUUAAUUUUUGUAUUCUGAUGAUUAAAUAUGAUAAAUAAACAGGAAUGCUGUAAGUUCAACUCUAAAAUCCUAAAUUUUUUGUUUU